CCGCCCGCGUCGAUGGACGGAGGGGAAGAAGAGACCCCUGUAACAGACGCCGCGGACUUCGAUGCGCGGGUUCCGGCCACUGAAGCCGCGAACGAUUCCGCCGACGCCGCCGAAGAUCCCCCGAGCGAUACGGAAAGCGGCGACGACGACGUUCCUAUCGCGAGCCUCGCCGCUCGAGGAGGUACGCCACGCGAUCUCCGCGCCCCUUCCUCGUCCCGAUUCAAAUAAAUAUUCCCGCUCGUGACGCUUCCCCGCCCUCUCGCUUCCGUAGGUACCGGAGCGUCUUCCCGUGCGCGGGGACGCCCCAAGGGCAGCAAGAACAAAGCGAAGGCACCGGCGGCCCCGGGCGCCGCCGCGACGCUCUCGGAAACGACGACACCGAGGCAACCGGUGCGACUUUCACCGCUGCCCGCGCCAGGACGACGCUGUAUGUGCAAAAACUUCCAGCACGCGCAGAACUUGAUCCGCUAACGCUUCCUCCCUCUCCCCCGCCCUCCAACCUCGUUAGAUCGUGACCCCGACACGCCAUGUGAUUGGUAUAGCCCAGAGGAACCUUGAGGACUACGCCCCGGAGAUGCGCGAGCUCGCCAUGGCCGCCGCGGAGACGUCCGGUGGCCUCGUCGGCGCGCUCGCCGAUGACGACAUCGGCGCGGCCGGCGAGGGCGACGCAGGCGAGGAGGUUAUGGAUUCCGACGACGACGACAUCGACAUCGAGGCCGCGCUCGGCAGAGGCGACUACGCGGCCGCGGACCCGUACGAAGACAUGCAAGAGGAGGAAGAGAUUGAGGCGAUUGAGGAUCCGACGAGUAGGUUGUUAACUUUCCGUUUUCUCGGCGGGACCCGAAUAAGGCUAAAUGGUCACGGUGCGACGUUCAUCUUCGAUCGCAAGGCGGGCGAGACGGUCAAGGACAUCGUGUUCGAUCUCAUCUCGGCGCUGCCUCACCACGGCUUUCACAUCGCGACCGACAACUACUUCACGUCGCCUGGCUUGUUUCGAUGGAUCAACAUGACGUUCAACAUCAAGGUGCACGGCACGCUCCGACCGAACUACGGUAUUUGCCCGGCAUUUCGGGAUCCGGCUGUGCGCGACGCCUUGGAGGCUCUAGGGGAGGGCGCGUUCGAGCCGCCACAGUACGGAGAUAGCGGCUUGGUCCAGUGGCUGUGGAUGGACAGCAGUCUCGUGAACUUCCUCUCGACGGUUCCGUCGCAUCACGUCGAUUCCACAUCCACGUACUUGGACGUCACGCGUAGGAUACCCGGCACGGGGUCAGUGACGCAACCCGCGCCGAGGGUUGCCUCGGACUACAACAAGCUGAUGAAAGUUGUGGACAAGGUCUGCACGACGCGUGCGCGUUCUGCUUUAUUUUCCUCUCUCCAUCUCCUCUCCCCUCGACUCACGCCCCUCGACCCCAUUCACCUUCGUCAUCAGUGCGAUCAAAUGCGAGGGACGUACUCGGUGCAACGUCGGUGCAAAAAGUGGACGGGCGCGAUCGUGUCGUGGGUGUUGGACGUCGUCGCCAUCAACAUCUACGCUCUGCUUCGAAAAGCUCGGGGCGAUUUUGUGCAACAGGGGUUCAAGGUGGGCAAGUUGAAUGCUCGCGACGCUGUUCAAAAGAAGCUCAUAGCGGGGCUUCUAGCGCGUGGCUCGAGCACCCCUCCUGAAUCCGGUGAGGGCGCCUCCGCGGUUCGGAAGCGAAAGCGUGCGAGCAAGGGCUCGGCGGGUCGGACGCCGUCGGGUGGUUCAGCUGCUCCAGUUGCCGCUGAUUGCGUUAGUAUUCCUCGCGACGUGGCCGCGCACUUCGUGAUGGUCAAAGGCGGGAAGGGCGAUUGCGCAUGGUGCAAGGAGAAGCUUGACAUUCGCAAGCAAACGUUCCAGCGGUGCAAUCACAAGGAUUGCGGUGUUUCCCUUCACACGAAGCUAGGGUGCUGGGGGAAGUAG